AUGUUAUCCGAAGUUGAAUAUUAUACAGCAUUACAAAACGUCAAUAAUAUACCAUCUAAUAUUCAUGGACACCAUCGACAGAAUUAUAAACAAUCAUUAAACAAACAAAUCCAAGAAUAUGAAUAUCAAUUAAAAUAUGAAAAAUUUGAACCAUUACCACAUAUUCCGUACUUUAUCAACAAAACAACAACUGAACAAACUUUACAUCAACUUAUACAGGCAGCAACAUCAUCGUCCGAAUUUAUAAUUGAUACAGAAUCCAUCAACAUAUACAAGAGAAAAAAUGAACCGGUAUUAAUCCAAAUACAGAUCUUACUACCGUACAAUUUGUCAUUGAUUAUGAUCGUCGAAAUGUGCCACUUACCUCGUGAUCAUACCAUUCAUUUUGCAUUAAUUAAACAAUUAUUCGACAUUAUCUUUACGUCAAAUAAAACUAUUUAUAUUUGGGGAAUUAAGAAUGAAUUGUUUCCUUUCGUUAACUUCAAAUUAUUUUCACAUGAACAACUUCACUCUAUUACACCAAUUAAUUUACAACAUCAAUUUAAAUUAUUCUGGAACGAACAACAUCAACACCAUCAUCGUAUUUCAACAUCUGAUAAUAUUCUCGAAGAUAAUUGUAUAUGUGAACAAUGUAUCGGAAAGAAACCAUCAGAACCUUGGUCACUCCAAGAUUCGACUGCAUAUUUAUUAAAGGAGUAUCUUCCAAAAAUAUUAACUCGAGAAAAAUUUAAUAUUGGAUUAGAUCCUAAUUUAUUUAAUUUAGAUUUUGAAGAAAAACAUUAUCGACAACAACUUACAACAUAUGCAUUAAAUGACUGCUUAUCAAUGCAACGUAUAUUAAUACAGAUGAAAAAUGCAAAAUUUGAAAUUAAAUUUCAUUCGAAUAAACAAAGUAAACGUGAAUUACUUCAAUUAUCACCAAUUAGCUCCGAUGAUGAAGAUGAUUUAUUAUAUCUACAACGUACUUCAUCAUUAUCUAAACCACAAACAAAACUUUCCAAUCGCAUCGUUUUUAUAAAUGAAUCACCUGCUACAUCUAUCGUAACUCCAGAAAAUUAUUCUACAUUAACAACUCAACACAAUUUAAUUAUGAGUCAUCCACUGGAAUCACUUCCAUCACUUGUUGGUUUACAAAGAUACCCACAUGAUUGGGAAUCGAUGAGAACCAAUGAAAAUGUUACAAAAUUACCUGAUUGGAAAAACGUACACCCGACAUCAACUCAUGAUAAUCAAAACGAAUCACAACAUCCUCAUGAAGAAUUAUCUGCUGAUCAACGUAGAAAAAUUCACAAUAGAUCGUGUACGAUUAAACAACGUAAACGAUAUUAUCGAAGUGAGUUAAUUUUUGAAAAUAUUGAUCAUCGUUUUUCUAUAAAGCAAAUCAAAAUGAUUCUUCAACAACAACAAAUUCCAUUUUACGUGCUGAACACAACAACAACAACCACAAACAAAAGAAAAUUAUUCGUGGCUAUUCGUAAUCCGGAAUUGAUUAAAAGAUAUGAACAACAAUCUCGUCAUUUAUUCACAAAAGCGCAUUAUGAAGAACUAAAAUUACAUGAUCAAUUACCACGUGCACAUCGUCAUUUAAAUUCUCAUCAAACACAAUCUCAAGCACGGUUAUGA